GUUCCCGGGCAGCGAGCCGCGUGUGCUGGGCCUGGCCAUGGUGCCUGGGCACCACAUCGUGUCCAUCGAGGUGGAGCGCGACGCCGCCGCCGCCCUGUGCUCCUGACGGCCCCCCAUGGGACGGACCCCCGAGUCUUGUGCACCCCCUGUGUACCCUAACUGGUGAUGGACCCCAGCCAUGCAAAAUGACCACCGGAAUUGCAAUCCCCUCAGCCCCAGCAGAGCCCCCGUCGUGGCCGCACUGUCACCACGCGAUGCCGUCAUUCCAGUCCCCUGCAAAACAGGACACAGAUGCCCCUUCCUCCCCCAAACACUCCGUUUUCAGCCUGAAACAGAGUUGUGCAGGUUAAUUUAAUCUCAGGAACAAAAUGUUUCAGUGGGCGAGAGGGGCGGAGGGAACACACAGCAGUUCUGGUCCCUCCUAACUGUGAUUAAAUGCUGCGGCCAAGGGGGGUCAGGGAGGAACAGGACUGAAGGGGGGGGAUUGCACAGCGGGUCUGGGGCAGCCCCAGGGUUCCACAGGGCAGCCACCGUGGUGGGGAGGAGUGGGAGGGGGCCGCUGAUGGGGCUGUCCCCCCAGGUUGCAGUGACACUGAGACACAGCCCCCCAGCAAGGACACCCCAGGGACCUGCACCGGGAGUCGGGAACCCCAGAGCCGCCCUCCCCCCCCAAUAGAGCAGAUCAUUUACAAAAUACAGAUCCCCCAAAUGCCCCCCAGGGACAGUUUUCGGUUGAAAUCUGGGAAGGGUCUGUCCCAGCUCCCCCCGCCUCCAAGGUCCCUCUUAUUGCUUUGUGGGUAGGGAUGGUGGCAGAACCCACCCCCAGAGCCCCCCUGUGUUUUGGGGGCUGCGAGACCCCCUUCACAUUGUCGGGAAAUGGGGGCACUGAACCCUCCCCCUUGCACAAGAUGAGGGUCACUGGGGACCCCCCGCACGGUGGGGUCCCCAGUUUCCCUCUCUACUCUGCUCUUGUGAGGCCCCAUCUGGAGUACUGUAUCCAGGUAUGGAGCCCCCAGGACAAGAAAGACAGAGAGCUGUUGGAGAGGGUCCAGAGGAGGGCCACGAAGAUGAUCGGGGGCUGGAGCACCUCCCCUACAAAGACAGGCUGAGGGAGCUGGGCUUAUUGAGCCUGGAGAAGAGAAGGCUGCGGGGUGACCUCAUUGCAGCCUUUCAGUACCUGAAAGGAGCCUAUAAACAAGAAGGGAGUAAACUCUUUGAAAGGGUAGGUAACAGCAGGACAAGGGGGAGCGGUUUUAAGUUGAAAGAGGGAAGAUUUAGGUUGGAUGUUAGGGGGAAGUUCUUUACCAGGAGAGCGGUGAGGUGCUGGAACAGCUGCCCAGAAAGGUUGUAGAUGCGCCGUCCCUGGAGGUGUUGAAGGCCGGGUUGGAUGGGGCCCUGGGCAGCCUGGUCUAGUAAAUGGGGAGGUUGGUGGAGAUUCGUGAUCCUUGAGGUCCCUUCCAACCCAUGCCAUUCUGUGUUUCUGUGGGGGGCAACAAAAGCUUCUGCGAUGAGCGGGAAGAGUUGAAGACUGAUUUCUGUUAAUCACAAAAGGUCUGUGUGCUUGUGAAGAGAUAAAUUAACUUAUUUAUCACUUUAUUUUGCGCUUCAUUCAAAUAUUCAACUAAAUCCUAAGUUCUGGAGCAGGUCAAACUGGUUCAGUAGACCGAAGUGCAGAAUAUUUUCCAGUGGAUCGUAAUGCGUGAACCACGGAAAUGGCUGUGGAAGGGCCGUGGGUGACACUGCUGGUAGGAAGAGCAUACCAGACUCCAAUCAGAACGUGAGAAUCUGGCUCUGUCCGAGUCCCAAACGCGUGGCCAACAGGCCAUGUGUCCGCAGGGUGGUGUUGCCGGUCAGCUGAGAACAGACACGUGUGGCUGAAGAGUCUGACACUGGUCUGGUAAAAAGUCUACUUACAUGAGUCCGUGUUCAGAGACACAACCACAAAAAGAGGUGUGCCUGAGUGAUCCCUGCCAGGGCCUACAGAGAGCACCUGCCGUGUUAAGGUAUCUCAAAAAUGGUGUUGGGAAGUGACACUUGGGGAGGUGUUUCCGCGGUUGCCUGGGGCUUGUCUGUAUUCCCUCUCGACGCCGUUACUGAGGUUUCUGCAGUGAAACCUGGCGCUGGUUUCCGUUCCUAGCUAUUUGUAAAUAGUUUUCAGAUUCUCAGUAUUAGCCAUUCCUAUGAAAACUGGGGUUGCUGUUCUGUACCUUGGAAUGGAAUAUUCCUCUGUGCUGCAGUAUCUGGGAUUUAUACUUCAGCACAAAACGUGAAGCGUGAGCAGCUGAGCUCCAGGAGCAUUCCAACACUGCGCAGUGAGUGCUGCCUCCAAACGCGAAGCAAUUGCUAGCAUUCCAGAGACCGAGCACUUCAGAAGUUAUGUAGGUACCUUGCAUACAGCUGAGCACCAAACCAGAAGUGGAGCCUUGUGUGGAUUUCACCAGCUGGGAUUUGGAGACUCCGAGAGCCUGGACUGAGGGUGCGCAACGCAUCAGCUUAUAGGAAACUGGGGGUCGGGAGGGGGCUGGCGGAAAUUAAAUGUGAAGGUAGAGGGUGUCUGGGAACAUGAGGUACUAUCAGUGGGGACCGAAGGCAAAGAAUUUGAGGAGAUGAAAAUGAGGAGAGCGAGAGCCCCUUCUCCAUCUCCGAAAGCUAUGUGUCAGAGUUAUCUCCAUCCCCACCUCACUGGGAGGUGACCCGGGCCCCACCUCGGAACCCCGGUUACCUGGGCACCUGGGCAUGCUGGUGCUGUGCUCUGGGGCCAUGGAGCAGCGGGUCAGGUCAGAGCGAAGCACUGCGGAAGAUCAUCAUGGAUGCCUUGCAUUUACUGGAGAAGCAGAAGGACAAGAGUGAGCAGGGAUGUGUGUGCGGAUGAGACGUAUAGGAGGUUAGGGGCACAGGGGACAGGACUCGGAGGGCUUGAAUGGGGAACCGUGGGAAUGUAGGAUGUAUGGAGUUCUGGGGUGGUGUCAGGGCAUAUUUGGGGAAUCCUGAGGGUGUAUGGGUUUCAGGGUAUAGAGAGUCUGGUGCUUUGGGGGGGUAUUUAGGGGCAUAUGGAACUCUGGGAUGGGCAUAUGGGAUCCAGAUGAGUUGCACAGGGAAUGUGUGGGAUUAGUGGGGGCAGGAGCGUUGACAUGGGGAGAAUUGGGGGUGGGGACAUUGUCUGAUGUGGACAUCUGUGAGCCCCCAGAGCCUUUCGAGGUGUCUCUGCAGGAAGCCAUCCAAAUGAUUUGGGUGAAGCUGGGCCAGUUGGAGCAAGCUCCUGCCUGCAUCCCCCCCUGCGGGCACCAGCCGGCCGCCCGCGUCUUCCAGUGCGCGACCUGCCGCCUCGUGGACUGCCAGUUCCCUGUAGACUGCCCAGUUCAGGACGUGUGGGUCCACGAGGAUGAAGCCAUCACGCUGCACUGCGACGUGCCCUUCGCCGUCCCUCCUGAGCUGCAGGUUACGUGGAUGUUUGCCAAGGAUAUACGCACGCAGGACCUGGCGCUGUUUGAGGAGCUGCAGAGGGGCAUUGGGGAACCGCCCAGCCUGACCGUGCAGGACCCCACCCUGGGAACCAUCGCCUGCCGCCUGGGGGCCGCCUCUGAGACCCUGGCCCGCAAGUACUUCUACCUCAACGUGUCGGGGGGAAGCGUGGAGGCUGAGCAGGAGCUCCAGGCCCGGUUCAGAGCUGUGCUGCGCUGGCCCCAGGGCAGGGCCCCCCUGCACCUCACCACAUCCCUGCAGCUGGGGCUGGUCCUUGGCGUCGCGGGGCUCGUGCUGCUGCUGCUGCUGCUGCUGGCCUCCUGGCGAUGCUGCCGAAAAUCUCCGGAGCCUCCCAGACCCCCGUGACUCCCGGGCACCCCAUGGACCUGGACACCAGGGCCUCAAAGGGAGUGUGGACUCCUGUGGACUUUCACCAGGCUCUUUCCCCGAGGGCCAAAACAUCAGCAGUUGCUCAUCGUGCGUUGUCCGCUGGGUGUAAUGGGGACUCCCGGGGCCUUCCCCUGACUCUUUGCCCGUAUGGAGUGGGGGAGAAUUUGCCUUUGCUUCUGUUACAAAUUAUAAUCAUAAUGUCUUAGCUA